AUGUCCACAGGCACUCUAUUUAUUCGCGACUCACGCACUAACGCGAACUAUGAGAUCCCCAUUAACCGAAACGCAGUACGCGCGACCGACCUUCAGGGUAUCUGGGCGCCUUCGCUCAAUAGUAAUCGCGCAGACCAAGUUGUCCAUGGGUUGCGCGUCUAUGAUCCCGGAUUGCAAAACACGGCCGUGACAGAAUCAGCUAUCAGUUUCUCUGAUCAUGAGCACGGUCUACUUCUCUAUCGAGGAUUUACCCUGGACCAGCUUUGGGGAUGCGACUUUGAAGAAAUGUUCCAUCUGCUGCUAUGGGGGAGAUAUCCUACAGCAAGUCAAUGCGAAGAGUUACGCCAGACGCUGGCACAGUACAUGCAAGAAGUCCCUGAUAUUGUCCGCCAGACCAUCUUUAAUCUCCCGUAUGAUGGUUCUCUUGGUCGUGUAUCAGCCAUCUUGUUUCUAACUAGCAUUGAAAUACGCAGGAAGGAGACUAGCCCACUACCGCUGAUCCUAGCCGGCCUUUCAGCCUACCUGGCCUGUAUACCCGAUGUGAUCCCAGCAACCACAAAUGCGACGAUCCACCAAACAGACAUCAAACGGGCCGACCAAAUCAUCCUACAAACUGUUGCCGCCUACGCUGUUGUAUUCGGAGCCGUACGAUCCCAUCGGCUAGGCAUUCCCUGGAGGUCUCCGUUUCUCCACCAGACCUACUACGAGAAUCUAUUCACCAUGGUGGGUCUCGUAGACCCAGAGACAAACCGCCCGGAUCCUACACGCGUAUCCUGUUUUCGGCGCUUUGGCAACCUUAACGCCGAGCACGGAAUGGCUUUAACAGUCUUCUCAACCCUAGUGACCGCCUCAUCCCUGACUGACCCAGUGUCCUGUUUGAUAGCUGCCGUAGCCGCCGCCCACGGACCCUUACACUUCGGGGCAACAGAGUCCGCCCAACGCGCUCUCCACGACAUUGGUGAACCAAAGAACGUCCCCGCCUUCAUUGAAGAAAUAAAAGCCGGAAAGCGAAAAUUAUUCGGCUAUGGCCAUCGAACUUAUAAGGGAAUGGAUCCACGCGUGCGUCCCAUCCAAAGCAUCCUGAAGGAUUUAGCCGAUGUCCAUCAACCACUAUUAAAAGUCGCCGAAGUGAUCGAGGAGGCUGCUACGAAAGACGAGUACUUUCGUACACGGGGCUUGUAUCCCAAUGCGGACUUCUACGGUAACUUCGUGUUUACUGGAAUUGGCUUUGAGCCUGAUAUGAUUCCCGCGGCAAUGCUUGCUCAUCGCAUUAUGGGUAUCAUGGCGCACUGGAGAGAGUACAUGGUCACCCGUGGCAAGCUGUUUAGACCUACUCAUCUGUAUACGGGUCAUGCAGCGCCAACGUCAGACCCCAGGCCUAAAAUAUAG